UGGUAUCAGGUCUUCUAGCAAUCAUGAUGUUUCACAUGGUCUUAAUUUGGCUCGUGAAAUUCAUCGUGGUUUACGUCCAAGCAUACUGACACACGUACCAAAGUUAGUUGCUGAAUUGAUCGUUAAGUGUUGGAAUACUUGUCCAGGAAAAAUACCAAUUUCAAAAGAAAUAUGUGACAAUAUAAGCAUUUGGAAUAAUAAUAUUUUAAGCAAUGAAUCGAAUGAAUUCACUGCACAAAUAAAGAUGGUUGAUGAAACUUGA